AAGAUUAAAAGAGGAACGAGUGCUAACAAUUUUCUCUUUUGCUACAACUCUCGUUUUCUCUCUCUUUCCUUUCUUGUUCGUCCUCACCGAGGCAAUCGAACGCAAGCAUAUUGAAGUUUCUAUAAGGAAGAAAAAAACGAAACCUCUUUUUCUCUCUCUCUCUCUCUCUCUCUCUUUCUCUUUCUCUCUCACCCUUUUUCGAAUUAAUCGUUUUUGGAGAAUUAUGUACGUAAGAAAAACUGUAACUAUCUGAAUGAAACCAAAAGGAGGAGUAGGAGGAACAGGGAAAAAGGGCAAAAAAAUUGCUGCUUAUUUUCCCUUUAAUUUUCAUUAUCACCAUCGCUGUUUUCUAUUCUGGGCUAAGGUCCUCGUUGAUUGGACAUCAACGAAGAUCGAGAGAGAAAGAGAUAUCGAGUUUGCUACUGUCCAAUGACACAUGAAUAAAAUAAUAGUAGCGCAAAAAUAUUAGUGAAUAUAAAAAAGGUAGGAGUGGAGAAGUGAACAAAUGAAAAAGGGCAAAUACAGAACGGUGGCUGGUGCUCCGUAAAAAGUUUUAAUAGCGUGGAAGAAAGCGUGCUCCAUUAUCGUUCUUAUUCGUCGAGUUUUACUUUUGUGCGAUCGAUUCUAACGAAAAGAGAACGAACGAACGAACCAGAACGAAUCUCUAUUUUGAGUGGUCCAAUUCUGCUAUAGUCCGUUUUUAUGAUUGCAAGAGAGAAGAAGCGAAGGAAGACAAGAAAUUGGGUGUACAGGGAACAAGGAUUAAAAGGAAAAUAAGAGAAAGGAAAAGGAUUCAGUGGCCCUUAUUGCAUAUAUCGGAUAUGAGCAUGAACAGUUGUGUUCGUUCAUCGUCGUCAUCGUCAUCAUCAUUGGGAAUAAUGUUUCAAUGAUUCGUUCGUCUACGAUACAAAUUUCUUUGGUAGAAAAUAGUUAGAGUAAAAGUCAUCAAACCGGCGGCUACUGUUUUCAGUGAAACGAACGUCGCUAAACUUUAGGACAGUGGUCAGAAGGUUUGCAAGUGCGCCGUCAGAGGGCCGGCGACUUCCGUGCGCGCCUCUUCGCGCUUCGCCUACCAGCAGUCACCGUCGCUUCUUCCGCGGGAGAGGUUUACGUCCUCUUCUCCUUUUUCAUAUUUUUACAUCUUUUCCUUUUUUAUUUAUUUCUUUAUUUUUUUUUGUUUGAAUGUCGUUCAAUUUGGUUGAUCCUACGAAAAAUCGUGGACGAAGGAAGCGAAGACCAAGGAAAAUGAUUAAGUGAGAGGGUAGGAGGAAGAAGGAGCAGGAGUAGAAGAAGAAGACGAAGAGAAGAAGAAGAAGAGGAAGAGAAAAGAAGACGACGACGACGUACGGUAGAGUGGAAUAGAGUGCGUGUUGUGUGUAUGUGAGUGAGAAAGAGAGGAAGAAAAAGUGCAAGGGGUGAAAGAAAAGCAGCCGGUAUAUUCUCUUCAUUUUUGCACGUCGCUACUCUCUCUCGCUCGCUCUCUCUCUUUCUUUCUGUCUUUCUCUCUUUCUCUCUAUCUCUUUUGUUAUCUUUAUCUAUCUAUCUAUCCAUCUAUCUAUAUACCACUAUCUCUCUUUUUUUUUUUACUGUCUUUCGCUUUCGCGCACGUGUGUUCCUUUAUAAAGUGUAGUAGUGUCGUGUGUGUUCGUUCGUUACCUACACUUCGUCGACCGACAAAUCGUAGCUGCUGCUGUUACCGUCGUCAUCGUCAUUGUUUUUGUUAUCCGUCGUCGUCGUCGUCGUCAUCAUCGUCGUCAUCGUCAUUGUCAUCGUAAUUUGUUCUUUUGCACGCUAAAGUACCGAGAAAAUUUGUCGGGCGUGUAAACGAAGAGUAAAAAGAGAGAAGAAAGGAGGAAGUGAAAGAGGAGGAGGAGGAGGAGGAGGAGGUGAGAGAAAAGUAAAAAAAAAGGAAAUAGCGACAUCAAAAUGUGGAGUGCGAUGUGUGACGUGAUGCCAACGAUUGCGGAGGACAGCAUAAGUCAAAGAAGUUCGCAGUUCUCUGGCGAGGAUGCGAACUUCGAACAAUUAAUGGUUUCGAUGUUGGACGAAAGGGACAAGUUAAUGGAUUCGUUGCGGGAGUGUCAAGAACGAGUCCAAGAAGCCGAAGCCAGAGUCAGGGAACUCGAAAAGGAACGAGACUCCCUUAAUCGUCAAAUUUACGCCAACAUUCCCCAGGAACUUUCACAAUUGACGAAGGAAUUAGCGGCAGCGCGUGAAAACAUUUUACAGAGAGAAGAAGAAAUAUCAGAAUUGAAAGCAGAACGCAACAACACACGUCUUCUACUAGAACAUCUAGAAUGUUUGGUUUCUCGACACGAACGAUCGCUGAGGAUGACGGUCGUAAAACGUCAAGCCGCUGCACAAUCGGGCGUGUCGUCAGAAGUUGAAGUACUAAAAGCUUUAAAGAGUUUGUUCGAACAUCACAAAGCUUUGGACGAGAAGGUACGCGAACGAUUGCGUGUAGCUCUCGAAAGGAAUACGAGCCUUGAAGAGGAACUGGCCCAUACCAAAGAAGAGCUUCAACAAUAUAAAGUAAGUGGAAUUACGCCUAAAGCCACCGAUGACAAACCUAAAGAAAAUGGUCAAACGGAUGACGGUCAACAACAAAACAAGAAUGAAACUGAGCAGGCUGAAAGUCAGCAGGAGCCACAGCAGCAGCUUCAACAGCAGCUACAACAGCAGCAACAGCAACAGCAACAGUUACAACAGCAACACGCAAUACAAAAGCUAGGUACAGAGAAGCCAACAGAGAUAGCAAGCAGAUUGAGCAAUGGCAGUCUUGACCCAUCCGACCAGGAUUCGGCAGUACGAGUAAUAGACUUGCAAGCCACUCUCGAUAAACAGAGUACUGAGUUAAAUACAUGGCAACGACGUGUAGCGGAAUUGAGCGGACGAGUUGCAGAAUUAGAAGAAACCCUUUCUAAAACCCAAAAGGAUCUUCUUAAAACUCAAGAGAUCAAUGUUAAGUUGCAAAGAGAUCUGUGUGAAAAUGUUGCGCAGAAAGAGGACCAAGAAGAAAGGAUUGCAACUCUUGAGAAACGUUAUCUCAAUGCUCAACGGGAAUCAACUAGCUUACAGGAUCUCAAUGAGAAAUUAGAACAGGAGCUUCAACAUAAGAAGGCUCAAUUGAAGCUUCAAGAAGAAAAGAUAGCAGCUAUACAAGAAAAAUUGGAACUUGCAGAACAAAAAUUAACUCAAUAUGCUAAGUUACCUGAAAUGGAAGAACAAUUAAAGCAGAGGAUGGAGGCUCUGACCCAGGUGAGGAGGCCCAACCAGCAGGCUCAGGAGAGACAUGGUAGCGCAGAGGAUAGAAUACAAAGGUUAGAAGCACAAUUAGAAGAGAAAAAUGCAGAAGUAAUGCGCGUCAAUCAACGACUUAAAAUGAACGAGGAACAUAACACUCGAUUAAGCGCAACGGUUGAUAAACUAUUAUCUGAAUCUAAUGAUAGGCUACAAACGCAUUUAUCAGAAAGAAUGAAAGCAAUAGACGAAAAGAAUGUGAUAAUGCAGGAACUUGAGAAAACGAGGAAGAUAGCUGAAGAUUUACAAAAUGAAAAAGCGGAUAUCGUUAAAGAGCUAGGAAAAGCGCGUCUCGAAAUUGACAAUGUAAAGAGACAAAUGCUUCAGCAAGAAAUUGCUUUCAAUAUUCAACAAACGGACGCAUUGACUAGAAGUCUUUCUCCAAAUGCCGCGGAUCCUGGUUCAUUUUCUAGAAGCGCAAGUCAUAGUAGUUUUGACACGCACUCGUUGCCUAGAAGAGGAGGAAAAAGAGCUCCAAUGGAAGAAGAUGCCUCGAAGAAUUACGUAGUACGUACUCUUGCGGAACAAGAAUGGGAGAAACUUCAGCAAGCUCAUGUUCUAGCAAACGUGCAGCAAGCAUUUGAUGUUUCAAGCGAUGCAGAAGGUGACGGUGAUAAUGAAAGUAUCUUCAGUUGUUCGGCGGAGGUAAUUAGUCCGGCGGGACACACCGAUGCUCAAACACUUGCGCUGAUGCUACAAGAGCAAUUAGACGCCAUCAAUAAUGAGAUUAGAUUGAUUCAGGAAGAAAAACAGAACACGGAAGCACGAGCAGAAGAAUUAGAAUCUCGAGUAGGUAGCUUUGAACAUAUGAAUUUAUUAGCAAGAGGACGCAGUCUCGAGCGAGCGUCACCUCCAUUAAGCGGUCGAUCUACACCAAAAUCACAUCAUAGCCCUAACAGAGAUUAUUUACAUAAAUAUCACACAGCACCAGCAUCAAUGUCACCUGCUCAUUUACAUCAGUAUGCUGCAUCCCUUGCUAGUCCUGGACAACUUUCAGAAUCGCUUCCUGCAAGCCAGUUGCAGUUGUCCGGAGAAGAACUGCACUCGGUAAGUGAAAGAGACAGCGUCGGUGGUGCUGGAAGUGUUAGCAGCGAUGCUGCUUCUCCGUUAACGGCCAGAUCGCUGAGAUUAGAGCGCGUUGUGCAAGCACUUGCUCAUAGCCAGGAAGAAUUAAGAAGACGUACUGGACAAACGGGAUUCCCCAGCAGCGGCUUUUCCCCGCACAGCAGGCAUGGACAACAUAGCAACGGCGCACUCAAUUCUGGGACUCCUCCUUCCCCAUUGUCCUCACGCCACAGUAGCCAGGACAGUUUACACAAGAACAAUCUAUCCAGUGUUGGACUACCUAUUGGACAAUUAUCGAGUUCCCAUCUACAUAUGCAAGCAACCAUGAGUCCAGCGACAGCAGCUGCAGUGGCAGCAGCUCAGAAGAAAAAAGGCAUAAAGAGUAGUCUUGGCAGAUUUUUCAGUAAAAAAGAAAAGAUAAAGGGAAAAGAUACGACGAUGCCCGGAGAUGUACCUGGUAUGGGAGGUGCAAGUACACCUGCAGAUCCCGAUUACGGGGAUAGCGUUUCUGUGGCAGGAACAUUAGGAAGCAAGAGUGAUUUUGAUCGAAGGAAAAAGAAAAGUCCCAGUAUGUUUGGUAGUAUGCUGGACUCUUCGCGACAUGAGCUAUUAGCCGAAGCAAUGAAAGCUGGAACACCUUUUGCUCUUUGGAAUGGACCAACUGUUGUUGCUUGGUUAGAGCUUUGGGUUGGCAUGCCUACCUGGUACGUUGCGGCGUGUCGAGCUAAUGUCAAAAGUGGUGCUAUAAUGAGUGCACUGAGUGACACUGAAAUACAACGCGAGAUUGGUAUCAGUAACUCUUUGCACCGACUGAAAUUGAGGCUAGCCAUUCAAGAGAUGGUAUCACUUACAAGUCCAUCCGCACCUAAAACUUCUCGUACAACAUUAGCUUUUGGAGAUAUGAAUCACGAAUGGAUUGGAAAUGUAUGGUUACCGUGUCUUGGAUUACCCCAAUAUCGAUCCACUUUCAUGGAGUGCCUUGUUGACGCUAGAAUGUUGGAUCAUCUCACUAAAAAGGAUUUGCGCGGUCAACUUAGAAUGAUUGAUAGUUUUCAUAGAACAAGUUUGCAGUACGGAAUUUCGUGUUUGAAGAGAUUAAAUUAUGAUAGACCACAAUUAGAAGAAAGAAGACGAUUGGCGGAAGGAACUAACGCAGAUGUUCUUGUGUGGAGUAACGAUCAAGUUAUACGAUGGGUGCAAUCGAUUGGUCUAAAGGAAUAUGGAAACCAUCUAUUAGAAUCCGGGGUACACGGUGCCCUAAUUGCUUUAGAUGAAAGUUUUGAUGCAAAUAGCUUUGCUCUUACUUUGCAAAUUCCUACACAAAAUACACAGGCAAGGCAACUUUUAGAAAUGGAAUUUGAAAAUUUAUUAAGGGUAGGAACGGAGAGGCGAGUGGACGAUUCUAAUAUGAAAUCCUGAUCCAACAGAUUGCCACAUCUUCAACCCCAUCAUGUCUAGUCGAGAACCCCAGCUAUUACUACUGUCUGUACGCAAGUGUGUUGUAAAAGUUGUAAGAGCUUUAAGUAUCAUCCUAAAGAUAUCUUCGUAUUGUUACGCCAUGUGGCACGCGGUAAUAAUAAUAAUAUUAUACAUAGAUGCGUGAACGUAAAAUUGCAACGUAAAGAAAAAACGAUUGUAUUUAUUGUACGCUCAUAAUUGAGCUCCUUUAAAUGUUUCUUUCAUUUCAAUGAUCGUACAUUUUGAUGACGAUCCGCGUGCCAUAUACUUUGACAAGAAAUACCUACGCGUAAAUUAUUUUCUUAUAGAUACCGAAAUGUAGGAGGUGGUCAUGUGUCGCAUCUGCAUUCAAAGGAAUUGCAGUAUAUAUCUCCUCGAAGGCCAAACAAUAUGAGUUGAAUACAAUCACGACAAUAAAUCCGCCUCGUUUGACUUGUUAUGUUUUUACGGGUAACAGAUCAAUUGUAGUUUUAGUAAUAUAUUGUUACAUGGUACUCCUCUAGAUAUUCAACCACAGCUAUUGCACUCUUCUUGUAUUAUAUCUCGUGUACUUAUAUAAUAAUUCUGCAUAUAAAAAAACGGCUUAUGUUGUCGUUGUAACUAGCACAAAAUGAACAAUUAAAAAGAAAGAAAAAAAAAACUAAGAAAUUUCACAAUGAUGCAGUAAUAUACACUCGGGGAAUCGUUAAUAUUUUAUAUACAAAGAGACGAGGACUGCGUUCUAUGUUUCUGUGUCUGUAAGAGGACAAUGAUGAGCUGACAAAGUUUACUAUAUGUAUUUUACUUUUUUCACAAGCGAAACUUUAGAGUACUCCUUUUUUUCUGUUUUCUUUUUUUGACAAAUUUUGAAUGUUUGUAGAGUCACGCACAUAUAUAAUAUAUAUAUUAUAUAUGUAUAUUAUAUUAUAUAUGUAUAUAUAUAUAUAAUAUAAUAUAAUUAAAAAAACACGAAGUAUUAUAAAUGAAAAUUAGCGUGCAACUAUUGCGGAUACGAAAAGAAGAUCUUAUCGAAAGAAAAAAUGCAAUUACAUAGACGCGUUUAAGAAGCUAGCCUGUUAAGAAAGACUCUUAUGAACAGACAUUUUAUACCAAAAUAUGUGCGCAAUGUAUAGCUAAGUGUUUAAAACGUUAUUAGGUAUCCAAAUAUGAGACGACGUUUAAUGUUAAUUUAUAAUUGUUCUAUUAACGAAUCGUAUGAUAUCCGCUUUCAGGUGCAUACCAGUAAUAAAAUUGUGCAUAUAUACCAGUAAAAAAUUAUCGUAACGAAGAAGCAAUUGUAUCUUGAUUUUUUGAUGCUUUACAAAGAAAUUUUAUUUAAUUUGAUUUUAUUUAUUUAAGUCGCGUGACUAAACCUUUCGAACAUUUUCUUUUACUACUAUUAAUUCUACUAUCUAUAUUACUACUAUUACUACUACUAAUAUUAUUAUUACUACUAAUACUAUAACUACACUAUUACUAUUAUUAUUAUUAUUACUAUUACUACUAUUACUAUUACUAUUACUACACUACAACUAUUAUUACCAGUACUACUACAACAACUACUAUUACUACUACUAUUACUACUAUUACUACUACUACUACAACUACUACUACUACGUGUUUCAUCGGUAGCAAAAGGAUCCACGAUGCAAGCAUAAUUACAUACAUAACAAAAAGAGACUUAGAUGAAAUAUACAGGGAGAAAUGAUCGGAGCUAAUGGCAGUAUAAACUAUAUACCGACAGUGCUAGUGAAAUUGCUAAUAACGGUAAUAAUGCAGAAGACAAUGAUCGCGACGAUAACAAUAAGUAUCAAUAAAACGAUUAAGAUGCUUAAAAAGAGGGUAGCAAAAAAAGACUGAGAGACAAAGACAGCGACUGUAAUAAAAUGAUAAACCGAUAUCAUGAUAAAGACGAUCACAAUGAUUGACAAGUUAUAAUGGUAAUGUUGUUAAAAUGCUGUUGAUAAUUGAGGAAUCGUUGUUAAUGUUUGUUUCCCUGUGAAGUAUCCCAUGCAAGCUGUUCAUUCGUUGUAGUUUCAUAGCUCUGCACACGAUCUUCCGAAGGGGCGUUCACGUUUAUCAAAUAAUUUCUGCCAAAGACGUGUGUGUGUGACGCGAUGUUUUUUAUAAUAAUUAAAUAUGAACGCUGCUUAAGAAUGGCAGUGACCCCUCUACCCCUGCCCUCAAUUGCGUGCAGAUGCGUGAAUGUUAUACACACGUUUCUUGUACGUACAAUUGUUGUACAAAUUCAUUGCGCAUCGCUAUGUUGUCUUUUCUUUUAGCAUUACCAGUUAAUUCAUCCAAAUCUAUAACGAUGAAAGGGACUCGCUAAAGCCAAAGCAAAUGCUAUGCUACCUCUGUGCUUAAGUGCUCUGGUAGUAUUUUUCUUUUCUUUCCUUUUCCUUUUUUUUCUUUUUUUUCUUUUUUUUUAAAUGCAGUUUUAUUUUUGAUCGAAAAAUUAUUACUAUGGAUUAUAAAAUAACGUACCGGAUUAGCAUUGUUUAGAUUUUUAAUUAAUUUGUUAAAUAAUAUGAUGGAAACAUUUUCUAUCGAAGUUCUUCGUGUCUGUCUGUGUGUAUGUAUAUAUAUACCAGUUUACUCGUCAAUAAUUAUCUUGUUAUUUGCAGAAUUUAUAAAGUAUUUUAUUAAAUUCUUAUCGCUCUAAAAUCAACUAGCUUUGGUUUUGAUUGCAAAGAAAAAUGUUUAAAGAGAGAAAGAGAGAGAGAGAGAGAGAGAGAGAGAGAGAGAGAGAGAGAGAGAGAGAGGAGCAUCUUUAUCAAAGCAACGUAAUUACAUUUAUUGUUACGGAAUAUAUUAAGAGAGUGUAUAUAUAUAGACUUAAUUUAUAUAAAUAAUACAGUCGUAAAAUUGAUGAUCUGCACCUUUAGAAAGAACAUGGCCGUCUCUCCCUUUCGGAAGAGUUGCAGCAGUACUUGUAAAUGACUGAACUUAUUUGUAAUGUAUGCUAGUUAAUAAUGAACUAUUUAUAGACAUUCCAACGCGAGGACCUUCCAAAAGCAACCAUUCGUAAUCCCAUAUGUGUAUGUACAUCAUGGAUCAGUAUGUAGCAGCUUUGACGCCUUCAAUGUAUCUGAGUAUAAAUAUACACAUAGAUACGAGGAAAA